AUGGCCUACGCGCUCUCCAAAGCGAGCGUGCUCAGGCAGCAGAGGCACCUCCUGGUGAUGUACCUGUUGCUGCGUGUGCACGUCAUCAUACCACUGUUCCAUUUCGUUUGCAACUGGUGGGUAUUGAAGCACGUUCCAAAAGUUCAAAGGAACAAGUUUGCUCCUUGCAAUCUGCUGGGGUGCCGGCCUCGAAUCGGCGGGCGCUUGCCAGGCUCAGCCUCAGCUAUGUCGCAGCAGGCUCGUUUGCGAGACCUUGGAGUCGCCGAAGCUUGCCUUCUCUCCCGGGUAUUAUUCACACAGGAGGGAAACAGCUGCUCAGACCUAGUUUGUGCGCAAUACGUCGAGGCCGUCAUGAACGCUUUUCAGCCCUGCAAUGAGCUGCACGGGUUGGUCUCAGGUGCCACUGAAGCGCGCUGUACCAGUGGGCGCCUUUGCGAGCCCCCAAGGUUCGUCGGACUGAGUGUGACGCUCUUUCCCACGAGAAGUCUCCUUGAGGUGGUGGUCCGGCUGGAGCGUUUCCGAGAAAAGGAGCGUCAGCGAUGGGAGAGCGACCGUGCUCGACUCUCGACGGAGUUCGAGCUUCUUCGCAAGACCGUCCAGAGGACGAUUGAAAGCACGCCGCCGCCGCAAAAAGCGGAAUCCCACCAGGCGGAUGCGCUCUAUCGCGAAAACGUGACGCUACGACAAAAGCUUCGUGAGUUCGAGGACCGCUGUCAUCAGCUUGAGGAACAAGAGGCCCUUGCGAGGGAUUCCGAGCGCAAACUCCAGCAAGAGCUUCUCGAGAUCGUCCAGGCCGCGAAUAGCCGCGAGCAGGCCCUCGAAAAACGCCAGGAAGAGCUGCGAAAAAUAGCUGACGAGAACAGGCAUCGAUUCGAAGCCAUGCAGGGUCAAAUCCAGCACUUUGAAUCGAUCACCGAGAAGGUCCAGAAAAAGCUCGACCAAGCCAAACAAUCAGAGCAGGAGUGGCGGCAACAGGCACAACGCCAUGUCGAAACGCUCAAUACUGUGAAGAUUCAGCACGAAGAGCAGAUGCGUGCGGAACAAGCCGUGACCAAGCAGUGGCAACGCGGCCUCAAGGGCGUUGCCCGAACGCUCUUCUCUUUUACGUGUGGAUGGGAGCGACAAUGCGCUGAACUGGAGUGCGGCGUCGCUGCGAAAUGCCGUUCACUUGAGCAACGUUUGUCCCAGACGCUUCUACAUGCUGCCGCAUGCGCACAUCGUUUCGCUCAGGCGCAAGCAACCGGUCAGAAGCGAGCGCAUUCGCAAGCAGAGCGGCUGUAUGCUCGCAUUCACGAGCUUGAGGGACACGAAGCAGCCAUGAAACAGGAAAUUCAGCGGAAUGAGCGACGUGCGAAUCAACUUGAACGAGAACUGAGACGGCUCGAGCAGAGCAAGCUUCAGCUGGUGCACGAGCUGGCCGAAGUUCGAUCUGCAUGGGAGACUGCCACUAAGCGAGAGCGCGAAUUACAUGAACAGUGCGAGCGUUCCCAAAAAGAACUUGGUCUGAAGGAGCAAGCCCUGAAAGAGAUUCAACAGGCUCUCGAAUCCAAGGAAAAUACUGCAGCCGAGCUCUGCGAACGCAUCUGUGCCCUGGAAGAUCGACUUCUCACCAGACAUGAAGAGCAUCUUCGACAAGGCCAGCGCUCAGCGUCCAAAACACAACCAGGACGGGAGGAUAGCAUCCGAAAACGCCUUCUCCAAGAGGCGCAAGAAUUCAACACCAAACUGAAACAGGCCGCCGAGGCCCAAGCGGAACUACGAAGCAACCUCGACGCCCGCACUGCGAGCACGCCCAGCUCCGCGACCCGUUCGUUGGCCUCGUCCCCGUUGAGUUGA